GCAUUUCCCUUUCUCCUCGCCCUAACUCCCAAGCCGAACGCCGCCACCUCCCCGAUCUCUGGCCGCUGCCUCCUCCGGCGACUGGAUCCGGAUCCCCCGUCCCCAAAACUUCCUCCGACCCCCGAGCGGGCCCCGUCCCACUAUCCCCCGGCUUCCGCCACCGAGCUCCGACCGCAGGGACGCCUACGCCCCGUCCCGCCAACCCCGGCCCGAUCCUUCAAGCCACCGAAGCCGACGACGCUGCCUCCCCCUACCCAACUCUGCCCCGAGCCCAACACCUCCAGCACUUCGACGCCGACGCCACCUCUGCCCGCUUUCUGUCAAGACAAGGAUUUCGUCCCUGCCAUCGCCAGCAGCAUCUACCGGACCUCAUCCUCCUCCGUCCAGCAGACAGCGAUGGCGGUGAGGGCACUUGGGCUCGCCGGCCGAGCGCUCCUGCGACCGGUUGCCUCACCGGGCACGCAACGGCUGCUGUCGACUGACAAGAACUCACUGCAGGGCCUUACGAACGGCGAUCCGAUGAGCCGCCUCAUGCAAACACAGAAGCAGAAUGACUGCAUUUACCGUCGCUUUGCUGAAAACGAUUUCACAGGCGGCGGUAGCAGGUCUGGCCGAUUAAACAUGGAAAUAACAUGGACAGCGGCUCCGCGAGUAAAGAUAGAUGUUCUACACACCACACCCAAGGAGAAAGAGACCUUUGUGACCGUGACGGGCGUCAAGGAGAACAGGAAGUCCGGUCCUUCUGCUGGAUGCUUGGAGGAUCGAAAAGGGCGGUCUCGGCUUGCUCAGUACGCCGGUGAAGCAACAGGGGAACACAUGGGGCAAUCCGCCAGCACGAUUGGCCUCAAGUCGGUCGCUGUGAAAGUGAAAGGAUGUUCCUUUUACAGGAAGAAGAAGAAAGUGCUCUUCAGCUUUGCGGACCGUUCCCGGCGUGAAAGAGUGAGGAGCUCUUCUCCUAAAUAAGGUUAAUAAUAGCCCUGCAGGAACAAGCACGAAGACGAAGAGUGAAAAUCAAAUAGCCCUGCAGGAACAAGCAAGAAGAGUGAAAAUCAAUAUCAUGUCCGAAGGAGAAGCAGAAAAGAGCGACUGGUUCCCUAAUAACACCAUGAGCCUACAAGUAUUUAAAAAGAUUAGACAGUCUUAGAUCAGCUCUUGUAAGACAUGACUAUUUUGCCAUUUCCUGUAAUCCUGCUGAAUUGAUGGCUUUGUUUUGAUAUUACAUUGUUGCAGUUACUUAGCACUAA